AUGGCUCGCGACGUCCUCAAAGCCGCCAAGUCCGCAUCGAACGCGAUAGCCGUUCAUAAGAAAUACACCGUCCAGUCUACCGGGAUAUGGGAACGUCUUCGCCGUCUUCUUGCCGUCGAUCCCAAUCGCUCUACCGGAGUACCACUUAACUCGCAAUAUCGACUUCCGACUCCUGGUGCUCUCCCGCCGCAAUCUUAUGAUGAUCCCGUCACUGUUCCAGCAGCAGACAUUGCCGACAACCCUUACUGGAAGCGCGACGUUCGGAGAAACUACCCCAGACUUAGCACAGUCAACCAGGCAGAUGCUGUUGGCCUUCUUACAGUAGGCAGCCGGGCAGUGCCGAAGAAUGACGUUCUGCAGAUCGGGCAGGCAGGAGAGCAGCAGUUGGUUGAGGUUAAACAACAAGGAGAAGAGCGUGGCCUCGCGGCCAUCUUUGAGAAGGACAAGAGGGGCAUUCAGGGCGUUCUGGGCGCCGAUGGUCUGCCGCCAAUUCCUUGUAAUCUGAACGCCUCUGCGGCCAAGUAUCAGCUUGGUCAAGGUCAAGGCUAUCCUGCUGUGUAUCCUUGCCGGACUUUCGUCUAA